AUGUUUCAGCCAACUUGGAACCAAGGGGCAGCUGCUCAAAAUCCGCCAAACCUCCACGACGAUGUCCAUCCCAACAUGCACCUGUCACAGCACAACGGCUAUGAUGCCGCCUCCAAUAUGGUUUUCCAACCAUCAUCCGACCAAAGGUACCUCUACGAUGGUUCUUCAACAGCAAGCUCCAAUGGAGCACCACCAUCAGCAUCAGCAUCCGACAACUACUCUUUGCAGCAUCACCAACAGCAGCAGCAGACGCAUCAGGUUGCCUCAACUCCCAAUCACGUCGACGAUGGUCAUCCUUUCGACAAUCAGCAUGCAUCUUCGGCAUCGCAUCCUCCUCUCUUCCUCGAUGGCUCCUCCAUGUCCAUGCACAACUCCAACCUCAGCUUCGGUCAACAUGCGCAGAGCCUCAGCCGGGGCUUUUCCGACGCCAGAGAUUCGCAGACCGACGACUGCAUGCCGAGCCAGAACGACCAGUAUUCAUCACGGUCUCAGACAGGUUCCGAGCAGAGCUGGUCUCAGCAGGAUGGCGCAUCGCUUGGUGGCUUCACCCCAGGCCUUCAACGCGCAGCUCGACCAGCUGCACUCAAGGUUAAUAUGGCUUCGGUCGUCUCAGGCGACGGAUACGCAAAUCCUGGUCAGAACGACAUGCCGGGAGCCGGUCCCGAGUCAGCAGGGCCAGGCACCGCUGAAACGCCGCUACAGACCCGCUUCGCGCCCUUGCCGCAGCUUCAGCCUUCCAUAUUCGACGGGCAAGCAGCUCAAAUGCAGCGACGGACCGAUUCUGCCAACCACACAUCGAAAGAGGACGCAGCUAUGCCACAGAGCUCCGGACUCAUGCCUGCUUUCGGCUCGGAAGCCAGCUUUCCCAAUCACGCUGCUGGCUCAGAAACUCCUGCGCUCAGUCAACGGAACGCAGAGCAUGCUUCCGACAGUCCACAGUUUCACCAGGGCGAGUCUCUUGUUGGAGUGCCAGGCAUCCCAGACAGAUUGGGGCCUUCAUCUGGCCAUCUCGGCGUCCCUGCUUCCCCAGGCUCGCCCAUGAUGUCGCAGCUCGGUGGCGGUGGUGGUCAACACAGUCCUAGCUCAACGCUUUCUGGCGCCUUCUCGUCUCGACCGGGCAGUCGGCCUGCAAGUCGUGGACUCAAGUCGGUCGCAAACUUCGCUUCAUCGGUCGGCACUGAAACUGCGUCCAGGAGCGAGAUGCUUGCAGGUCGUCCGCGUUCCAGUUCCGGCAGCGGUGCUGCGGUCCGUCCCAUCUCGGCUUUAACCAGAACUACUAGCAUGCAGAGCGAUCUCGCAUCGCAUCAGGCUGAUCCGCAUCAUCCUGGAUUGGCGCAGAGCCGUAGCGUGCAGAAUCUUGGUCAGAUGCAGAGCCCAGACGUACCACCACAUCUAUCGAGUCCACGAAAUUCUGGCCAUCUUGGCAUGGAGCCAUGGAGUCCUGCCCAUCCCCAAAUGACGCAGUCGCAUGGCUUUCGUGGGCCUUUCUCCGGUCCAGGUUUCCAGACCCCUCAGAUGCCGCAAUUUAGCCCCACACUCACAUCGCCAGCACAGUCGCAGUACUCGCCACAAACGCAUUUCGGCUCGCAUACACCUGGGAUGGUGCCUUUCUUUUCGCCGUCGAUCGAAACAUCGCAUCAAUUCAACUCUUCCAACAGUCUCGCUUCAGACUUCGAGAUUGCUGGCUUCAGCGAACAGCGAUUGUCGUCUGUAUUAGCAAACAGUGCCUCCAUCAGCUCGGCACCUUCUACAGGUGCUCAUCCACACGAGGGUCACAGCACACCUACCAUCGUCGAGGAGGAGGAGGACACUUCGCACAGCGAUGCACGUGCAAUGAUGUCGAGAUCCAUGCAAAAUGAUCUUCGAUUGGAUGGCAGCUUCCAUCCGCACCCGCAUCAGCAUCAGCAUCAGCAUCAGCAUCAGCAUCAGCAUCAGCAUCAGCAUCCACACCCGCAACACCAGCAUUUCCACCAGCAUCCGCAUCAGCAUCCACAACACCAACAACAUCCUCACCAGCUUCAGCACCAACAACAACAACAGCAGCAGCAACCACCGUUCAUGUCGAGCCAAGGACCUCCCGUUUGCCAGCGAUCACGCUCCGAGGUACCGGCCAUGCCCAUGGAUGCACCACCAACAUUCCGCAGCCAAAUGGCAAACCCGCCCAGCAUGCGGCCCAGUCUGUAUCAGCAGCUCUCGAUGGCCGAGAUGAACCAGUGGCGCCAGAUCCACGGCCUUGGCGUCAGCGAGCGCAAUUUUGGCGACUGUUCCGCUUUCAUCGAUGACUACAUCCGCCAAUACAUCUCCACACCGAGUCGACUAGGUCUCGGCGAGAGAAACGUGCUUAUCAUGACGACAAAAGUGGCGCAGAAAAGUUACGGUGCCGAGAAGCGCUUCUUGUGCCCACCGCCCCUCGUCAUUCUGAUUGGGAGCAGUUGGUGGAAUGUUUGUCCGGCUUCAACGCGAUUGUCGCCCUUCUCUCCUGUCGGCCCAACUGACCCGGAUCAGACGCCGACGGCGCUGUCACCGCCUCGUGUCACCAUCAACAUCAGCGGUGAGCCAGGCAUCCAGGAUGGCGCGCUCGAGUGGGCCUCCAGCAGCGGACGUCUCAUCGAUGUUGGCAACCCUUCGUCAGAGAUGGCCAUCUCCGGUCGAUGCAUUGGCAAACAGCUUUACAUCUCGGACGUUGACGAAAAGAGGCGCCACGUAGAGGCGCUCGUCUCCAUCUCCGUUCCUGGAUCCUCGCCCAUGGAUCGUCGUCUACUCGGCACGUUCCCAAGUCGACCCAUCAAGGUGAUCAGCAAGCCAAGUAAGAAGCGUCAGUCAUCACGCAACACGGAGCUCUGCGUCAAUCACGGUUCGGUUAUCUCUCUCUUCCACCGUCUCCGAUCGCAGACCGUCUCGACGCGUUAUCUUUGCGUCUCGGGCGCACCGUCCUGGUUCAAGGGAUCAGACAACCAGCCCUUCCUCAACAUGAACCCACGUGAUCAGAAGGGUCAAGAGCCACCGAGUUGCUUCGUUGCGAAGAUGUCGAGCUGGGAUCCCUUCAUCAUCUAUUUGGUCGAUCCGAAGAAGCGUGCUGAUGCGACACCUUCAGAGCCAUUACAGCCGCCAGUGAAGGGCUACCCGCCUCCGCCGCCGAAUGCCCUGCCGACAACAGGCCUGACCAGCUCGCAGAUGACGAUUCACUACAACCAGCCUGUCGUGCUUCAGUGUCUCAACACCGCUGUAGUCAGCCCAGUCAUGGUAGUACGCAAGGUGGAAAGAGGCACCACUGUGCUUGGUGGCGCUUCAGCCGGCCCUACCGAUUCGCUCGCCCGCGAAGCAUUCGGCGAUCCCGUUUCGCAGCUGCACAAAAUUGCGCUCGAAGUGCUUGAGGAUCCAUCCGCAUCGGUGCCGCGACCUCCAGGAGAUUUGGCAGAUCCCAUGUCACCUGGUCACAGUGGACCAUUCCUGGCGUGUCUCAACGAAUCCGUAGGCAUGCAUCGUCCGAGCGAGCCGAGGAAAUGGGUGAGCAACAGCGCUUUUAGUGUACCCUCAACUCCAACAACGCCGGUCAAUUCGAUGAACUUUGCUGCCAUGGAGUCUGGCGACAUCCCAUCCAGUGGAUUCCUGCCGACAAGUCCUACUGCCGCAGCUGAAUAUGCAGCAGAACAGACGCGCUACUCGCUGAACGCGGCUCGAGAUGGAUCCAUGAUGUCACCGUCAGCUUCAUCCUCUUCGCACGACGUCUCUGCGAUGGAGCCGCCGCCCUCUUCGGAUGGAGGCAAAGUGAAGCGACCUCGUCGGGUUUCCUCUUCGGUGGUGGUGCAGAAGGAACGUGCCGCUGCGGCUGCGGCUAGCAAGAAUCGCAGGCGUGGACAGUCGCUAUCGGUGGUCGGCAUGCAGAACCAGGGUCUCUCAGAGGUCGAGAUCAUCCGUCGAACGGGAUCCUAUACCGGCUCUCUGGCGUCCGACUCUUCUGCUACAGGCAGUGCAGCGCCGGGUGCCAUGUGGUCCGUCGAGGUCGCCGACUCAGAUAUCUGGACGGUCGUCGGCACGGACAUUGCACGCCAUUCAUUCUAUGUGCCACCGCAGAUUGUCGGCGGUUCGGCACCGCAGACCAACAUCACGGAUGGCAACAUUGCGCAUCUUAUCACAGUGCCUGCUCCAAGUCAGCCGAUCACACCGAUCCCGGUCAUCUCGAACGUGGUGGCGCCGGGUCACGAUGGCCGAUCGCCUAUGCCGGCUCCAUCGAACGACCAGAGCCCGGGACUCGUGACCAUCUUGGGCGGAAACUUCCAUCCGAACCUCUUCGUCUUCUUCGGCGAUUGGAAGAGCACGCAUGUUGAAGUGAGAUCGAGGCAGACCAUUGUCUGCUCGGCUCCUCCAGCGUUUGAUUCUGGCUUGCCAAGAGGUCGAGUCCCGAUCCUGAUCGUUCGACACGAUGGAGUGAUCUUCCCGACUGACUUCCAUUACCAGUGCUGA